UUUUUUCUUCUUUCGUCUAGAUAUGCAACUCACAAAUGAAAAGCAUGCAGACGAGAAACCCAUUAAUGCUAUCAUUAUAAAUUCAGUAUCCGAAUUCAAUAUCACAGAUGGACCAGCCAAGGAAACCCCCAGUGAGAAAAAACUGUCAGAAUUCAGCACAUCACUGUCCUCCCUUGAAGAAUGCCAAACGAAAUUUUCCUACCUCCAAACUGAUACUUCAGUUCAUCAGAGAGACACUGAUGAGGAGUGUGCCUCUCUCAUCCUCACCUGUUUGUUUUGCCAGUUUUGGGACUGUCUCCUGAUGCUCCCAGAUACGUGCGAAACAGUGUGUACCAAACUGUGCUGCCCCUCUCACAGGUACCACCACACCUCAGAUGAAAGCCACCCGCGGAACGACUGCAAGUGCAACUGUGACGUCGACUGCAGUCUUUUUGAAUCUUGCCACGAGACCAGCGAGUGUCUGGAGUUGGCCAUGGAGAUUUCAGAAAUCUGUUACCGCUAGCACAAUGAAGUCAACCACGUUCCGGCAGACCCUUUGGCCCCACAGGGAAACUCCAUGACAAUAAGACUGAUUUCUAUGCGCUGA